AGUUCAUGUGGUUUUUCAGUCAAUAUGGAAAGGAUGCUGCAAGAAAAUGAAAACUUUGAAAAUAUGCGGCAGAUGUACUUGGCUCAGCGCCAGGAGGUAGCACAGAGAGCUCAGCAGAGUGUCGUGGAUGCUGACAGUAAUAUCGAAAAUCUUCUUGUAAACAAAGACAUGAGCAAAAAGGAAUUCUUGGAACAGCUUAUCAGAGAGGAGAAAUGGCAGAAGGAAGCCUUUGAAUCCCUCCUGCUCCAGAAGGACUCAAAGCACCAGAGAAUAUCCAGCCAGAUAGAACUGAUUGAGAGAGAGCUCAUGCAGAUGACACUGGUGGAAAUGGAGAGAAGAGAUGUCAGAAUAGAUUCUGAAAAGAACAUGCUGACAGAGAAGAGACAGGAACUGAGCAAGAUGUUAGUUCAGUUAAUUGAAGAAAAGGAACACAGGGAAGAACAAAUUAAGAACAGAUUGCUUGAAAUGGAGCAGGCCAAGCUGGAUAACCAGAUGGACUACUGGCUGGUUCAGUACCAGAGACUCAUGGACAGGAAGCCUGAUGCUCUCAUCAACCAGGAGAUCCAGCUAGAAUAUGCAGUGGAGAACAUAUUGAGGGAGGCCAAUGCCAACGACUACAUCCCCCUGUUUGCACGCCAUCGUAUAAGUAUUGAAACCAUGGAGAUAUUGACUGAGGAAGACAUGUGCAAGAUGGGUGUAACUGAGCUAGGCAUAAGAAAAGCUAUAAUAAAGGCAAUUCAGGAAUAUCAAGAUGAACAACAACGGGCAGCAAAGAAGACAAAAGACAUUGAAAAGACUAAAGAUGCAGAGCCGUCAGAGUCACAAGAGGCUGAUGCAGCUAUAGCGCCCCCUAGUGCAGGAGUUACCCCCUCAGCGCCCCCUGUGACAGAACUUAUCGCCAGGGUUACAAGUGACUGUGUUGUCUGUAUGGACAGUAGGUCGGAGAUGAUUUUCAUGAACUGUGGUCAUGUCUGCUGCUGCAAGACCUGCUCAGAGAGCUUACCAGACUGUCCUCUGUGUAGACAGAAAAUAGUACAGAAAAUAAGGCUCACACAAGGUUGAACUGAACCAAAGAAACACUUAAUAGAUACUGGUAAAGCACGAGUCACAGAACUUUACAGGAAAUACAUGAGAUAAUUGGUAGGGUAAAGUCAUGCCAGAUAACUCUUAUUUUGCAAAAAAGCUCUGUGUAUCGAGUGCUUUAUUUGACUUAACCACAGUUCAUUAAUGGAAUGCAAUAGUGUCUCUUCUCUACAUAGAAUAAAGCACAAUACAACUUAAAAAUUGUUUUCUAUGUGAUUUCUAUUCGAAUCCAUGUUGAAAGUAUGUGUGACUGUCUGGAUGACUUAGGCAUUGUUGAUAAUGAACUUGGUAACUCUCAUGACUUACAGAUUUUAGUUCAGAGAUAUGGUGAAAGAAUGCUCAACUUUCACCUGUGAUUAUGAAACUGCAUUUGCAGAAAAUGUUUUUUUUUUUUUUUUUUUUUUUUUUUUAAUGGAGUUACAGAGAUAAUUGACAAGAUACCAUUUAUUUAUAUAUGUAUAUAAAUCCAGUAGCUUUAUUUUCUAAUCCAUGUUAUAUUUUUUAAAAGUCAUCAUUGGGCCAUGCAUGUUUAUUUUUUCUUUUUAUUUAUUUAUUGUAAUCAUUUUCUCACCAUGUUUGCAUAGUAAAAAUAUGUUGUGAGUUUUCAGAGUAUGGUCAUGUUUAAUGAAGUGUUCUCAUUUUGUAUAAUUUUGAUAACUCAUUAGUCAGAAUUUUAACACUGCCUCUUAAAUAUGAGCUUAAUUUGGAGAUAUAUUUAAUUUAGCCGUCUUUUUAUAUACUGCCUCUGUAUUUUAACAGGGACAUUAUUUCCUGGACAAAAAUCACUUGAUUUUUGUCAGCCUAAAUGUUUAUAUGUGUAGCAACUGUGCCACUUGCUCACUUAAUGAUGAAGGAUAGUAUAACCUAGAUGCAAAAAAAGUUGGCAAUUCUCUCAGUAAAUGCAGGUAUGCCUAAUAUAAAGUUGUUUAUGUCGAAGUCGUCUGUUGGUAAAUCAAAAUGGGAGAAAAAUGUGGGACCAUAAAUGAUUUUCCUGUCAGUUGUUGACAUUGGGUUGGAGCAUAACAGAAAAUGGAGAUGGGGAGUUGGGGGGUGGGGUGCUUCUGGGUAUUGGUCCUUCUGUCUAGUGAUGCUUUGAAUUUUCAGUAACAUGUAGCUAAGCAUACACAGAAUACAUUGUUUAAAACAUUAUUCAAGAGCCAAUUGGUUGAGGGUGUCAUUAAAAUAAUAUCAAACUGUUGGUUCAUCAGCAGCCAGAACUCGAUUAUUGUCACAAAGCUUUUAUAGCAUAUAAUCUUUCAUCUUUUAAGAAUGUAGUAGGCAGUACAUAUAAUUAAGACCUGUAUAAAAUUUAAUUAUAGUAGCUUAAAGUGGUGAAUCAUUCAUGCCUUGUCCUUAUUUUAGACCAUCUAGUAAGAUUAUUUUAAUACCCAUUUUUCAAGGUUAAGAUUUUUGUAUUGAAAAAAAAGUUUUUUAUUUUAAAUAAGAGCGGUAUUGAUAUUUAUCUGUUUGUAUGAUAAAUAGAUUUGGCAGAUUGUUUGCCUAGGGUAAAAAUAUGUAUGAAAGUGUUGUGGACAGUUUUAACAAAAAUAAGAGAAAUAGAUGUUGAAAACACUUCGCAGUCAUUGUGGUUACUGUAUAUAAUGUAAAUUGAGAUGCUUGUGCUUGCUACAUGUAUAGUUAACACUUUUUGCGAUAUUUUAAUAAUUAAGUAAGUUGGCCAUUUUAAGGUCUUUUUAUGAAGAUUAAACUUUUGAAUGUGUGAUAGUAUUAGGUACUAGUAUACUAUAAGCCAAAAGAUAUUUAAGUUAUAUGUGUUGGAAUAUUAAAAGAUGGUGUGGCGUAGCUGUCAACAAUAUAGACUCAGAACCAGAUAUACAGUAUGCUUUUUCAAUUUUGUUUUGAAGAAGCAGCUCUACGAUUUGCAAUCAUUUCUUUUAUACUGCAGGAGGAUCUUUAUAUUAUGUUAGCCACUGCAGUUUAUUUAAGUCCCUUUAACAAUUUCUUAGCCUUAAAUGUGACUUUUAAGUAAUUUUAAGUAACUUGAAUUCUUAAGUGUUAGUUAAACUGAUUUCAGGGGAACUCCAUUUUACUAAAAAAUCAAUAUUUUGGUUUACGCAUGAUGUUAAGGGCCAUUCUGAGAGGGCAGGGAGAGAGGGUAUCUUUUCAUGCGUACUAUGGUUGCCACGGCCUGUAAAGAAAAAUACAAGUUUGUAAAUAAUUCAUGACCAUGACAUACCCUGGAUGUGAUUAUGUUUAGAAUUCAUAGUAAAUAAACGGUCUUUACUUGUA